AUGCAAGAUUACACUGUGGCGUGGAUCGCGCCACUAGCUAUAGAAGCAGCCGCUGCUCUACAGCUGCUGGAUGAGCAUCAUGGAACCGCAGGCCGCAAACCUGGCCAAACAUUGCUGUAUCACCUCGGUCGCAUGGGAGCUCACAACAUUGCUAUUGCUUCUUUUCCCGCCGGCGAGUGUGGAAUCGGAGUAGCGGGGGCUAUGGUUGCUGAAAUGAAACGCGAUCUUCCCAACCUAGAGAUUGGCCUACUGGUCGGUAUCGGAGCCGGUAUUCCAUCCCCUCAGAAUGAUAUUCAUCUGGGAGAUGUCGCCGUCGCUGUUCCUGACGGGGACAACUCGGGGGUGAUUGGAUAUGACUUGGUCAAGAUCGAGCCUGAGGAGAUAGUCCCGAAACAAUGGCAGAAUGCGAGCCACCCUCUACUGCGAUCCGCGAUCCAGAAGCUGCGUAGCGGCUCCCUACAACCCUCUAGCGACAAGAACUACCUUCUUUCACAUCUCCAGCGGUUCAAUGGAACAAAAUUCGAGCGUCCCCAAACACCCUCACAACCAUCUACUUGCUCCGAACACAUCCAACAUCCCCGACAAUAUCCUAUCGUGCAUCAUGGACCUAUCCUCUCGGGCAAUAAAGUCAUCAAAUCGGCACGUUAUCGCGAUGAACUAAGCCCCAAAAACAAGGCUAUUGCUAUUGAGAUGGAGGCAGCCGGUAUAAUGAACUCGCUACCAGUGGCUGUGAUUCGAGGAAUUAGCGAUUUUGGCGACUGUGGAAAGAACGACACAUGGCAGCUCUACGCGGCCGCAACUGCGGCCGCUUACGCAAAAGAGCUACUUAAAGAGGUUGGUCCUCUUCAAAGGGUUGAUAGCCUCCCCCAAGGAAGACCUCAUACCAUUGAACUGAGCCACCGCCGCGUCUUAGAAGUAUUGGAGGACCGAUCCAGACGACUGAACGUCAAUAACAACUGGAGAAACUCCGUGGUGGAUCUUCUCAAGCUCUUGUUCCUUGAUUCAUCCCUAGAAGCGCGUGCACGUUUGGCGCGGAGAUGGAACGUUUUUGUAGGGAAAGACGGUGACCCCGUGCGAAACAUCGCUCUGCAUGGACUCAUUAUCAGUGCACUGGCACAAAACCAGGGAGAUGUUCCCUCUUCGCUUGCGGAAGCUCUAUCGAUUGAUGGAUAA